AUGGCCAUGGCAGGGCCCGGGAGACGACUGGGACACCAGGCAGGGUCAACUCUGCUUGGAGAGGCCCCAGAGAGCCCCGGGGGCCCGGGCGCAGAGGUGACUGCGGGGGAAGAGCGCCAGGCUGGGUCGGGACUGGAGCCCGAGCUGGAGCCGGAGCUGGAGCCCGAGCCGGAACCCGAACCCGAGCCCGAGCCGGAGCUGGAGGAGUUGCUGGCAAAGGAUGAGGAGCAGUUGGAGCCGCGGGGUCCCCGCCCCCCGCCGCCGGUCCCGCCCUUGCGGGCCAGCCAUGGGCUCAAGAGGAAGCCGGCCAAGGUGGAGGCCGAGCUGCAGCUGCAGCAUUCUGAUUUGAGAAGACCACCCUUGAGAAAGGAAGAGUCUGACGCUGCACAAGGAGACCUCUCCCCACCAACCAAACAGCACAAGAAGGCCAAGAAACGCAAGAGCCUCGGGGCGCUGCCCCCUUUGGCCACUGCCACUGUGGGACCCACCCCAGCAGAAGCCCUUGGGCUGGAGAGGAAAGCUCAGCGUCUGAGGCCAUUAUACCAGUACAUCAACUACAGCAACCCUGAGCUGAACCAGGCUGGGGAGGGAGAAGCUGAGGUCCAAGUGGAACUGGGCUUGGUCCCAGAUGAGGCAUCUGGAGGCCCAGAGGAGGCAGGGGCCAAGAGGCCACAGGCCUCACCCUUGAGAGAGGAGGGAGGAGAGGAGCCUGUGCCCAUUCUGAGCUUUACUCCGGGUAGCCAGCUGAAGGCCGAGGUGGACAAGUCAACCCAGGUGGAUAUUGACAAGAUGCUGAGUGUGUGUGCAGCUCACCUUGUUCCCCCGCUUUCCCCCCAGUAUAAGUGACAGAAGGCUUGUCUGGCUCAGGCUGCUGUGGCAGCUGAGUGAGCCAGGCCACGGCGGGCUCAGGAGAGAUGGGCACUUUGCUGAGAAACUUACUGGCCAGAAAGACCCAAGGGGCUUUAUCAGGUCUCCACCCAAAGACCCUUAUGCCACCUUCUCCACUUGGCAGUAUUCCUGGAUGAAAGCUCUCAGCCUUACUGGCAAUAAACAUAUUUAGCAGU